AUGUACAUUUGUGAUUUACGGCAACGAAAAGUUGAUGUUUCCAAAUUUCAACCUUUAAGCGAACAAAUAAUGGUUACGAAAAUAAUUAAGGGUCUAAGACGGGAGAUUAGGCCCUGUGUUCUAAAGGUAAUGCCGUACUUCGUAAUGUCAUAUUACUUUAUGGAAGUGCUCUACUCACUGGUCAAUGGCCAUCUUGUGGGCCGAGAAAGAGCAAUCGUGAUGGACGUUAACGAUGUGUUUGGGUACAUCUAUACGAUCUUCGAUGUUCUGCUGACCAUGGUGGCAAUCUGCCUCAUCCUCGGCACUCGAAAGGAGACCAGUGGAGUGACCCUUUUGCUCAUCGGAAGAGUGAUCCAUCGAUUGUUCUUCUCCAUAUGGACCGUGUUCUUCUAUUUCCUCUUCAACGACAGCCUGGAUGUGGGCUGCCUACUCAUGCUGAUUGCCGCCAAAAUGAGAAUGCGAGAUCAGAAGGAGUGGCCACAUAUGGAUAAGUCAAACUAUGAGCUACUAUUGCUGGGUGGAAGAAUUUGCCUGUCCAGUUUGUUCAUUAUGUGGUUGGACGAGAGCGUGGAAACAGAAUUCUUCAGCAUCGUGUCCGUUGUUCUUUUGAGUUUGAUAAGCCUGGGCUUCCACUGCAAACUGUUCGCCUACCUGACCGUAAUCAGCUUGCUGUAUCACGAUGUUUUCAGCAACCAUUGGAGCAUGUUGUUUGGCUGGAACGACAAGCUCCUGUCGAUACAGUAUUUCUCCCUGCUGCUCUGCAAAAUCGGUGGAUUCCUGAUGCUUUCUGAGCUGGGCGGAGGCAAGUGGUCGAUUGACGGAUUCAGGAACAGCAAAGGCGAGAAACGGGAUAAGAAAGGCAACUACCGGAUCGUUAAGGGCCAGUUGCCGACGUAGUAAAUGCUAUCCAACAGAUUGA